AUGGUCAAAGCCGUCGCCGUCCUCCGUGGAGACUCGAACGUCAAGGGAACCGUCACCUUUGAGCAGGCCGACGAGUCCGCCCCUACUACCAUCUCAUGGAACAUCACCGGCCACGACGCCAACGCUGAGCGUGGCAUGCACGUUCACGCUUUCGGCGACAACACAAACGGUUGCACGUCUGCUGGUCCUCACUUCAACCCCCACAACAAGACGCACGGCGCGCCCGAAGACGACGAGCGCCACGUCGGUGACUUGGGUAACUUCAAGACCGACGGCCAGGGCAACGCUCAGGGCAGCACCACGGAUAAGUUGAUCAAGUUGAUUGGCUCCGAGAGCGUCAUUGGCCGCACCAUUGUCGUUCACGCUGGAACUGAUGACCUCGGCAAGGGCGGACACGAGGAGUCCAAGAAGACUGGUAACGCUGGUCCUCGUCCUGCUUGCGGUGUUAUUGGCAUCUCCAACUAG